GCGCCGCCGAACGAGGAGAAGGGAGAGCCAGCCCCGCCGCGGCAGUUCGCCUCACUUCUUCCCCGCCGCGCCUACUUCGGCGCACCCUUCCCCACAGGCUCGCUUUUGCGGCCGCGGGUCCCCGCUGCAGGUUGACCUGCUUUCAAGCCAGGGCCCGGCUCGCGCCGCCCUGGCUCCUCCCCUUCGCCUCCCUCCCCCGCCCCUUCUUCUCCUCCAGGCCAGCUGCCGCUCGCUUCGCUUUCCUCCUCAGUGGGAGUCAGCCUAGGCCUCGCCGGGCCCCGCCUUCCUCCCUCCUCCCCCCUUCGUCCGGCUCUAAGUUGUCAAUCAGGCGCCGGGGCUGAGACAGGCGACGGCAGCGGGCGGAGAGACGGGCAGCUACGCCACAGCCCAGCGGCGGCCAUUCGUGGAAAAAUAGGCCGACCUGCUCCUCCCAGCUCCGGCAGCGACCGGCCUUCUCUCGCCGCUACCCCCAGCACCCCGCCCUCCGUCCCUCCCUCCUCCUCGAGCCGCGCCUCAGCGGGCGUUAAUGCGGGAUGAGCGAUCAAAAGAAGGAGGAAGCUAUGCCCUCCGAGGGAGAGAAAUCUCCUGAGGCUGAGAACAACAAUAAGAAAAACAAAACUGGAGCUUCUCAGGAUUCUCAGCCUUCCCCUUUGGCUCUGUUGGCAGCAACUUGCAGUAAAAUAGGAACUCCUGGUGAGAAUCAAGCAACUGGACAACAGAUUAUUAUAGAUCCAAGUCAGGGUUUGGUGCAGCUUCAGAGUCAACCACAGCAAUUAGAAUUAGUAACAACUCAGCUUGCUGGAAAUGCUUGGCAACUUGUUGCAGCUCCUCCUGCUUCAAAAGAGAACAACAACCAGCAAACAUCUUCUGUUGCUUCAACUGCAGCAAGUCCCUCCAAUAGCAACAAUGGAAAUGUAUCCCCCUCAAAAACGAAACCAAGCAAUUCUUCUGGAGUAACUCAAGGACAAUUUCAAGUCAUCCAAGUACAGAAUUCAGGUGGUAGUGUUCAGUACCAAGUGAUUCCACAAAUUCAGACAACAGAAGGUCAACAAAUUCAGAUAAAUCCCGCUAAUGCCACAGCUCUGCAAGAUAUACAGGGUCAGAUUCAGCUCAUUCCUGCAGGAAAUAAUCAAGCUAUUAUUGCAACUACAAAUAGGACAGCUUCUGGGAAUAUUAUUGCUCAGAAUUUGGCAAAUCAAACAGUGCCUGUCCAGAUUAGGCCUGGUGUUUCUAUUCCAUUGCAGCUACCUAUUGCUGGUACUCAGGCUCAAGUUGUAACUUCAUUGCCUAUAAACAUUGGGGGAGUGACUCUAGCAUUACCUGUAAUAAAUGUUGCAACUAGUAGUUCUGGACAGGUUGCCCAGUCCACUGAUAGUGGACUUUCCAAUGGAAACCAGCUAUUGUCAACACCUGUCACAACAGCUUCUGUUAGUGUUAUGCCUGAUUCGCCAUCUUCUUCCACUUGCACAACUACAGCCUCCACAUCACUAACAGGCAGUGAAACUUUAGUUACUACUGCAGAAACAGGCCAGUAUGCAAGCACAGCAAAUAGUUCUGAAACUGGUACUGAAGAAGCUCAAACUACCACAUCUGAAACAGAGGCACAAAAUUCUAGUCAGCUUCAAUCUAAUGGAUUGCAAAAUGUGCAGGAUCAGUCAAAUUCACUACAACAGGUUCAAAUAGUAGGUCAACCUAUUCUCCAGCAGAUACAGAUCCAACAGCCUCAGCAGCAGAUAAUUCAAGCAAUUUCUCCACAAUCUUUUCAGCUUCAGUCAGGACAAACUAUUCAAACCAUUCAGCAACAGUCUUUGCAAAAUGUUCAGCUGCAAGCAUUGAGUCCAACACAAGUACUCAUAAGAGCACCAACUUUAACCCCAUCAGGACAAAUCAGCUGGCAGACAGUACAAGUCCAAAAUCUUCAAAGUCUUUCAAAUCUCCAAGUUCAAAAUGCUGGGCUACCCCAGCAGCUAACUAUUACCCCUGUAUCUUCGAGUGGUGGUACAAUUGCUCAAAUAGCACCAGUAGCUGUUGCUGGCACACCAAUAACACUUAAUGCUGCUCAGAUUGCUUCAGUGCCUAAUCUUCAAACAGUAAGUGUAGCCAACUUGGGUGCUGCAGGUGUUCAAGUGCAAGGAGUGCCAGUCACCAUUACAAGUGUUGCAGGUCAACAACAAGGACAGGAUGGAGGUGUGAAAGUGCAGCAAGCGACAAUAGCUCCUGUCACUGUUGCAGUUGGAGGAAUAGCUAAUGCAGCCAUGGGCGCUGUUAGUCCUGACCAGAUAACCCAAGUGCAGCUGCAACAGGCCCAGCAAGCCUCUGAUCAAGAAGUGCAGCCUGGCAAAAGACUAAGAAGAGUUGCUUGUUCGUGCCCAAAUUGUAGAGAAGGGGAUGGAAGAGGCAGCAAUGAACCAGGAAAAAAGAAACAACAUAUCUGCCAUAUUGAAGGCUGUGGUAAAGUCUACGGGAAAACAUCUCAUCUCCGGGCACAUCUUCGCUGGCACACGGGAGAAAGGCCAUUUAUAUGCAAUUGGAUCUUCUGUGGGAAAAGAUUUACGAGGAGUGAUGAAUUGCAGAGACAUAGGCGAACCCAUACAGGUGAGAAACGGUUUGAAUGCCCAGAGUGUUCUAAAAGAUUUAUGCGAAGUGAUCAUCUCUCCAAGCAUGUCAAAACACAUCAGAACAAAAAAGGUGGAGGAACAGCCCUUGCUAUUGUUACCUCGGGUGAAUUGGACCCUUCAGUUACUGAGGUUCUUGGAUCUCCAAGGAUUGUCACAGUAGCAGCCAUUUCUCAAGAUUCAAAUCCAGCAACCCCAAAUGUUUCAACAAACAUGGAGGAAUUCUGAAGUAAUGUUACAUAGAUGCCUAGAACCGCACUUAAGUUUACAUACCUUUCAAGAUAUGGAAGUGGGCUGUUAAAAAUGUAUUACAGAGCAGGAAAUCAUGUAUUCAGUCUUGAUUUCUGUAAGUAUUCCAAGUUGGAGAAUUAGCACAGGAAGUGUACUUCGUACAAUAAGACAACAUUUUUGAAACUGAAAUUAGAACCAAUUCAUAGAUAAAUUAUGGAUAAAACAGAUGAGGAAAAUAUUGCUCCCACACUGUAGUAAUUUUGGUAGCUCUGUAUCACAUAAAGGAUUUUUAAUUGGAUAUUUUCUUCUCCUUUAUCAGAUGUAAAUGUUUGUUGUAACAACAAACAGUAAGAAUAUGCAACAGAAUGGCUGUUGGUUAGAGUUUUUCCUUACAAAAAUCUAGUAUUUUCAUGGGAAUUUACUUUGUCCAAAAGGCACAUAAAUGUGAAGUACUCUAGUGAAGAUGAAAACCUUUUGUUUCUUUUCUUUGUGAGACAUAUGUAUUAAAUUUGGCCAUCUUUAUUCAUUUGUUAAAAAUCAGAUGGCAGCAUGUGAAAUGGAUCUGAGGUACAUCUCAGAUAAUUUUGGCCACUACAUUGUAGUAGUGUGUAUAAUGACAAUCAGUAAACACAGAUUAUUCUCUUUCUAGGAGAGGUAAGAGAUCUAUAGAGCCAGUGUAUUCUGUAGCAAAUAUUAAAUCUUAGAAAUAUAUUGACAUAAAAUUUUAAUUAAUUUCUAAGUAAAAUUUAAAUAUGAUGAUAUGUGUCACAAAUCUUCUAUCUUAAUUCAUCCCAUUUCAGAACACAGGAUCUAUUCUUAAAAUGUGAUUAAUCUCUGUUUUGAAGCCAGUAAUUUAAAUAUUUAAAUUUUAUUAAACACUUGGAGAUAAUGGGAGGUAAAAUGCUAUAAAUUGUAGCAUUUAUGCACCACGGACAACAUUUUUCAAUAGCAAAUAUUGUGUUAAAAGUACUGGAUUCUUUAGAAUUUGACUCACUAGCCAAAGAAAAAGAUGAGCAACCAAAAGUAUAAUUCUGGAGUAAUUAUCUGUUAGCUUUGUUCCUUAUGAAAAAGAUUGGCUGGGAUCCAAAGAGCUAAUUUUGGCUUGCUCAAGAGUUUCUGUCCAGCAAGUAAGGUUUCAACCUUUUCUUUCCUUUGAAAAGCUCUUCUGCCAUAUUACAGAUUCCUUUUUAAAGAUGUCUCAGUGUCAAAAGUGAUUUACUAUGCGGCAUUGGAAACUGCAAUUUGGGAAACUCAUGUUUAAGUCCUUUUGGAUGCACAGUGUGUGUUGCAAAAGUUUUUUGGAGUCUAGCAAAUUUUUACAUUCUACCCCUUCCUACAUCACAGUAACUAAAUAAACCAGCAAAUAGUAAAAAAAUAAUUAUUUUGAUUUUUCAGAAACAAAAUAUAUUCUAAACAUAUAUGAGGGUGAUACAUCUCUAAUGUGAGUUUCUUUAAUAACAGCUUGCUGAGAGUAAACACAAAAUGAAAAUUGUUACAGAUCCAGCUCUUCUUACUGACUACUAUUCAGCCAUACCACUUGGUUCCUUGGAUAGGGAUAAACAUUUUGUCCACAUCAGUUGUCAGCAUCUAGAUGAGCGUAUUGGUUUAUGGACAGGAAAGUCCAUCUGUCUUAAUUGCAUGUGUGAAAAACUGUUUUCCUGUGCAGCUAUCCUUUGCUGGAUUGUGGCAACUGUUGUAAAUUUGAAUGCAGAACAAAAAUAUGGCUAAAAGUACUUUGGAUUUUUAAACAAUUUUAGACAUAAAAAUUACAUUUUGCAAAUCUUCCCUGUUGAAAAGCUUCUCCUGAACACUUUUUACAUUUUUACAGCAAAAUGUUUGGGUGAUAUAACUUUAAAGUACAGUGCAGGAAAUUAAGACUUUUCCAUUAGCAUUAUACUUUGUGUUGGGAGCUGCUUGAAACUCCAGACAAACAACUUUUAUAAACAUAUACAAGUUCCAGUUUUGUGACAUUGCAUGCAUUUUUAAAGACUAAGAUCUACUGAUAGUUGUUUGUACUGUGUACACUUUAGGAAUGCCCUGUGUAGUGAAAUAUGAAGCUGAAAAUCUUUCAUACUAUGAGCUCACAUAUAUAGCAAAGAAAACAAUUUUACACUGUGGUUAUAAAUUUCAAAUUUCUUAAACCUUUUGUAAAGAUUUAACAAACUUUAAAUAUUAGUUGGAGUUUUGUAUAUCAUUUUGUAUAUCUUAUUUAAAAUAUUCUCAACGGAUACAUCUGGCUUUAAAACAUCAAAAUCAAAUUGACAAUAUAUUUAAUACAGAUGGCCAUUAGAUAAUACUAAUUAAUUUUUGUUGCAGAUCAAUUGCAACAUCAAAUAAAUAUUUUAUCAUGCUUUAAAAUCAGUGCUGAAAAAAAUCUGGUUAAGCAAAUGUUUCCUAAUAGAAUCAUGUUAACUUAGAUUUUUAAAAAAACUUUAUAAAGGGUUGAGUACUCUGCACAGCUGUUAAAUAUUCUUUUUGCAUACUUAAGUAUGCAGAUAUGAAAUGAAAAUUGUAAACUGCAGCAAAUCCCUAUUACAAGUGUAUCAAAAUCUGUUUGGUAUCACAGAAUCUAAUGUAGAUUAAUUUGUGUUAGCAGGUGCACUUAUUACUCCUGGAAUUAAAAACAUUUUGAUAGUCUGUUCUUCAUACCAUUCUGAGUCCACUUUUCAGUCUUAGAAGGAUCGUAAAUUUCAGUGUCCUUUAUUUGACUCAGUGGGAUAUAACUGUUGUAUGUAAUAGGGCACAGAUGUGCAGUAGUAGCUUGUUUAAUGCCAUUUCACUGUUCAUUCCCUUGGCCACCAUUAUAAAAUUUUGCUUUAUCGUACUUAUCGGUGCAAAGUGUAUUUAUCAUGACAGAAUUCCAGUGUUGGAAUUGUUUUUUUUUUCUUUUUUAAUAUGCUUUAUUGGGAUAGGGUUGUGUAUGUGUUUUAUGAUUACAUUAGAAAUCGGUGUUACGUCAUUAUUUAUCACAUUGUUUCAUGAGAGAAGUAAUAAAAGUACGUAACUUAGGAGAACAAGUUUUUGUUAGGUAAGCAUGAUGUUUGAGUCCUAUUUUUCAAUUUUAUAAUUGUUUUAUUGCAGCAAAAUUUGUAUUUAAGUCUCCAUUUCUGAAGCCUUGUGAUUUUUUUUAAUGCAUGUCACAAUUGUCAUCCCACAAAAAUUAAUGUGCAGCAUAAGGUGUUAAAUCUACAUAAUUAUCUUGAAACAGAAAUAGUUGGUGGUCAAAUUGUAAAUGUUUUGCAAAAAAAAAAAAAAACCUUAUAAAAGUUUUGUAGUAAUAUUUCACUUGUAAAUCUUUUGUAAGAAAAAGAAAAAAGAAGAAAAAUAGAAGAAAUACUCAUUCUAGGAUCUACAAAUUAAUUCUGCCAGCAAAGUCUUUAAGGCAUUAAUUUUUACUAUGCUGAUUUGUAUAAAUUUUGUGUGUUUUUGUGGAUUUGGAACUAAAACUGUGUAGAUGUUGUUGCCUGCAAUAACACUUUGCAAGUAACUUAUUAAAUUCUCUUGGAUUUACAUGUA